AUGGCUGCGGUUCGCGAGGAGAUGAACUUGCUGGCUAACCUGGAUGGCAGCAUCGGUGGCGGCGACAUUGAGCGAUACUGCAGCGACCUUUCGGCGCUGCUGGCGCAGAAACAAGCAUCGCUUUCACAGCUGCAGCUGCGCCUGCACGCCUUUCAGUGA